AUGAGUACAUGGCAAGAGGCCCAGGACGACCAAGGCCGAACGUACUACUACAAUGUUACCACUCAUGAGACCUCGUGGGAAAAGCCUGCUGAGCCUCUGAGCCUGGGUUCGUGGAAAGCCUAUAAAACAGAGGAUGGAAGAGACUACUACCAUAAUGAGGAAACUGGGGAGACGACCUGGGAACGGCCCAGUGGGUUUGGCGAGCAGGAGGACGUCAAGAUGGAAGAAGAAGAGGAGAAGCCUGCUCAGGAAGAAGAGCUCUCGGAGUUAGAUAAGGAAUUGCAAACACAGAAGGUGGACUCUGGCGAUUUGGAGAAGUACAAGGAUGUGCUGGAAGAGGAGGCUCAGGAACUUUACUUUGGCAUGUUGAAAGAGAACAAUGUUGAUUCCACGUGGUCGUUCGAGAAGGUGAUUCUGACGUUUGUGAAGAAUCCAGCCUACUGGGCUGUUCGAGACCCUCUGAAGAGGAAGCAAUUGUACGACGAGUUUCUCGUGAACAAGCUACAGCUCGAGGCUCAAAACAAAACGCAGGCUAUAGAAAAUGCCAAAAACAACUUCACGCUGGUUUUGGUGGAGUACCGUGACCAGGGCAAGCUUCAUAAACACUCUAGGUGGGUCACAUUGAAGGACACAUUGAUCAAGGAGGAGAAUCCGAUUUUUAAACACUCUGUUCUUGGCGACGGCCAGCUAAGGUCUAUUUUCAACGAUUUUGUGAAAGAGCUCGCAGAGGUGGAGGAGCUGAAGCUUGAAAAGAGAAAAAGCGAAGCAUUGGCUGAACUAGAAACGUACCUUAACCAGGUGGUCCAGAGUCUCGACACGAAUACACUCACAUGGGAAAAGCUUAACUCUAUGCUACAAAACGACUCUCGUUUCAAAGCCAAUAAGCACUUUGCUGUCCUAGAUCAACUUGACAUCCUCGAACUAUACAUGUCCAAGGUGUAUCCCAAAAUCGAAAACGACAUCAAGACGCAAAUCACCAAGGCAGAAAAAGUGAACUACAGGGCCGACCGCAAGGCUCGUGAGGCGUUCAAAAAGCUUUUGGUCAAACAGGUCAAAAUCAACGCAGGCUCCUUGUUCAGAGAUGUGCUACCGCAGUUUGAGGAUGAAGACUCUUUCAUAGAACUCUGUGGCCGUAAUGGAUCCACACCGCUUGAGCUCUUCUGGGACAUUGUGGACGAAAAGAGUCAGGAUUUGAAGGUGAAGAAGGAUCUCGUGGAAGCGGUUUUGCGUGAAUCCAAGAUCGACUAUGACGAGGUUCUCAGUUCAAAGGACAAAUUUGUCGAUACACUCACAAACAUCAAAGAUGACCGUCUUUCUGCCUUUGAUUUGACUGAUGAGCUGGAAGACGGUGAGGUGCUGGUAAUCUAUAGCCAGCUUGUGCACGCUCAAACCAUCCUAGCUCAGAAAGCGAGAACGGAAUUCGAAAAACUGAUAGCAAGCAGAGCCCACGACUUGGCUAAUUGGCUACAACAAAAUCUCGCUGAUAUCAGCAUACUAGUGGUUACAGAGGAGGAAGUGGACGAGGACAAGACAAUCAUUAACAAAAAGGGCGACAAAUACAGUCUAAAAAAGCAUCUUGAUGACUUGCAGCAAUGGUCAGACGAACUCCAUAAAGCCCCCGUUUUUCAAAAAGCAGAGUCAACCGCAUCAAAGGUCUACAAGAACCACCCAGCCAAGAAAGCGGCACUCCUCGGUAAGUUGGUGAAAGACAGCAUCACUGACCUCGUGGCCAAACUCAACCAAAAACUGGACAGAAAGAGACCUGCACCAGAACCAGAAAGUGAUGCGAAAAAACAGCGACUGGAGGAAAAAAAACCUUCUCAAUCGUUGAAACCUUACUUGACUGCGGUGAGAACGUCGUUGACUGCAGCGAUCUGUUUGGAGGAUUUUUCUUCUCAGCUCGUUGAGAGACACAACCGUCCGGAAAUUGAGGUCGACAACAGCCACAACCCAGAGCUCAUUCUUAAUCCCGUCACGAUUUGCAGAAACGAGAAUGAGAAGAUCUUGAUUGAGCCUUCCAUCAACUCCGUGAGAGUCUCCAUCAAAAUCAAGCAGGCAGAUGAGAUUGAACAGAUCUUGGUGCACCAGUUCACCCGUUUCUUGACACAGAGAGCCGAGAACUUCUUCAUCUUGAGGCGAGUGCCUAUCAAGGGUUACGACAUCUCGUUCUUGAUCACAAACUUCCACACUGAGCAGAUGUUGAAGGACAAGUUGGUGGACUUCAUCAUUGAGUUCAUGGAGGAGGUUGACAAGGAGAUCAGUGAAAUGAAGUUGUUCUUGAACGCUCGUGCCAGAGUCAUUGCCGAAAGCUACUUGACUCCCUUUGACUAG